AAGCUUUCCCUUGUAGUACAAUUCAUAUUGCAGGAUCAGAUGUAAAUUUCAUAUUAACAGUUUAAAAGGAAAUUGUCUUUUACUGUAGCUGGCAUUGAUGAAGGGAUUUGCGGUUCGUAGCUUUAAUUUGUGGCAGUGUCGCUACAGUCUAGGGCGGGACAGCGUGAGAUACUGGGUUUUCAGAUCAAAACGGCAUGAAGUCUCACAAUAACGUCGUGGAGAACCAUCACUGGGGAGUUCCUCAGCUUUCAAGGUUCCAUAUUCCAAGAACUGACCUGCAUUAUAUCUAGAAACUUUCCAAAUAGCAAUGGCCAGACUGUUGCAAGAUCCAUCUAAAUUUCAUCCCUCAGAAUGGUACAUUGCAAACAAUAUGCAGCGUGCUAGAACAGAGUCCCAGAAAUCCAGGUCAGAAUGCAUGAUAGCUGAGAGCUGGAGGCUGGUGGAUGAAAUAGAAAAGACAACUCAAAAAACCCAAAGUGACGUCAACAAGAAAUUAGAGCAGAGACGGGAAGAAAUAAAAUUCUGGAAGCAAGAAUUAGAUAACAAGCUGGAACAAAUUGUUCAUGAGACAGAGAUACUGUUGACUUUCAAGAACAGGCUGGAGAGAGCUUUGGAGGGCUGCAAAGAGCAACUUGUAAUUGCCCAAAAGUGUCUCUUGUACAGGCAGAGACGAGUUGGGAUUGACUUGGUGUAUGAUGAGGUGGAACAGGAACUGGUGAAGGAAGCUGAAGUCAUCCAGGGGAUUAUUGCUUUACUUGGACGUACCUUGGAACAAACAAAUGAGCAAAUCAGACAAAAUCGUUCAGCAAAAUACAACCUGGAAAUGGAUCUGAAGGACAAAUUCACAGCUUUGACGAUUGAUGAUUACUGUGCUAGCUUGACAAAUGACACUCCUCAUAUUAUAUAUGCUGAGAAUGCAAUGAAACUAGAAGCCAAUUUUGUUAGCCCUGAGGACUGGAUAGAUUUCUCAAACAUAAACGUUGAAAAGGCUGACAAGCAGCGAAACAAUUCUUUGGCACUGAAGGCACUUAUCGAUGGCAUCCUCUCACAGACAGCAAAUGACAUGCGCAAGCAAUGUGAGAUGGUUAAUACUGCUUUUAGAAAUUGGAUAAAGGAAGUCAAGGAUGCCAAGCACAAGCUAGAGACACUUCUUGCAAUGGUAAUGGAUGAGACUGCCUCGCAGGAGAAGAACAUUGCAGCCUUAAAGAAGGCAAUUGCUGAUAAGGAAGGACCUGUAAAAGUGGCUCAAACACGCUUGGAAGCGAGAAACCAUCGUCCCAAUGUGGAACUAUGCUAUGACACAGUGCACAGCAGCCUGAUGAGUGAAGUUCAAGAGAUUACCAAAAAUAUUCAAAGAUUAAAGGAUGCAUUGGCACAGGCUGAGAUAGAGCUGAAAAGCCUGAGCCGCCGACAGCUUUCCUUGGAGGAAGAGAUCAAGGUCAAGGAGAAUACAUUGUACAUUGAUGAAGUGCUGUGCAUGCAAAUGAGAGAGUCUCUUUGCAUAAACGAUUACUGAAGUCAUCAUACUGGGAGACUGUGCUCCAAAGAACCAGCUCCUGCUGAAAAUUCAUUGGCAGACUUCCAAAUUUAUUGGCUUGGCUCAAUGCUGUCUAGUUGUGUAAGGGAAUUAAAACAGACCUAGUAUAGCUAUUUGUUUCAUAUGUAUAGUACUUUCAUUUGUUUCUAUGCUCUAAAACAUUUGACAUCUUCUACUUGGCAAUAAAAUUCCAGAAUAGUGAGAAA